AUGCCUAAGACCUUACCAAUUUCCAAGCAGCUUGCUUCUGUCAAAGCUUUUGGAAAAGCCUCAGAUCUAGAAAUGGCGACUGCAACUGCAGCACUGGUAUUUUAUAACUCUGCUGGACCAGACGGCAAACUCAGCAAAGCAGGCGCUAAAGAUUUAUUAUUGACACAAUUUCAGAUUUUCACAAGGGGACAAGAGACGAAACCAAAAUACAAAGAAAUCUUCGCUGACCUUGAAGUAGAGAAAGAGAAUAAAAUGGAUCUAGAAGACUUCAUGGUCUUGGUAAUAAGCCUGACAGUCAUGUCCGAUGUUAUACAAGAUAUUCGAAAUACAAAAACCUCCAAGUAAAUACGUUGC